AUGACGACCAGCACGACCGUAGGCGACCUCAACGUCCGGACGGGAGAUGCAGUCCGAAUUACUACCCAAACGCCAAACAGUCAUCCAAUCCAGUCGCCACCUGCAGUCCGCUUUAAGUCGACCAUCGAAGAGAUUGCGAUUGCCCCCAACGAUGCACCAUCGUCAACCCUGCCGGCCGCCGACGGCACUGCAGGCUCUCUUAGUGACCCCGGCCAGGUGACUACAGAUGAAAUCCGCGAGUUUUCCAACAGACUGAGUGCCUGGCCACCUCAGGAGCGAAAGAUGAACAUCUUUUCCUAUGAGCCGUUUUCUCUGCCUCCAUCAAGAUCUACGUCGCGCGACGAUGAGUCUAGAGAGCCGAGCCGCCAGCCUACACAAAGCUCAGGCGGUCAUGGCUCACCCUGCCUAACUAGUAGUGCUCGUGGUGCGGAUAUGAAUUCGCCGCCUCUCACCCCAGCUGGAACCGGCUUUGCUGAAGGGGGCCAAAAGCGAGAGCCCUCUGGUAACCAUGAACCGAUAAGUCGUGGCCCCGAUAUCAUCGCCCCGCAUGAGUCAACCCAGGAGCCGUCAUCCCCGGCUUCUGCGCAAUUAGCUGUUCCUCAUGUCACGAUGGCCGAUCGCGGAAGGCUUGCUCGGCGGCCAGCUACCUCGGAAGGGAGAGAUCAGAUGCAACAUACACCUCUCGGUGACCAUCGUCGGGGCCUUUUCUCUAUCGGCGCUGCAAGUGCCUCGGUUUCACCAGCCAGUUCAGUCUCUCCAUCCCGUGAUUCCAGUCCAUCGCGAGCUGCCACAGCUUCUCAAUUCUAUACCCGGCAAAUUCUACCUCCUGCCGAGGCAGACGAUCCUUAUGCAGCAAGCAGACGACCAGCGCAAAAGGGCAUUGAGCCGCGCUUCAUCUUCGCAAAAAAAAAGAAGCAUAGUUCUUCCAGUUCGUCCCUUUUGAGCUUGCCUCGGGCCUUGGGGGACAAACGGCAGUCAGAUGAUGGCAUUACACAUAGUAGGAACAGCUCGAUGGCCGAUCUGAAACGGUUCUUCAAGUUGGUUCCGACCAGUAAAUCCAAGCGGACGGCGUCACCGGCCGCGUCCAUCCGAUCGGGGAAGACAUCAUCAAGCGCCAAAGGAGCUCAGAUACCGUUCGGCGAUGACCAUGGCCUGUCAUCGAAAUAUGGUAAACUGGGCAAGGUCCUCGGUGCUGGUGCAGGAGGGUCUGUCAGACUCAUGAGACGUGCCGAGGAUGGGGUUGUCUUUGCCGUCAAAGAGUUUCGGCCCCGGCAUUCUUACGAGACAGAGCGCGAAUACGUUAAGAAGCUCACGGCGGAAUAUUGUAUGGGCUCGUCGCUCCAUCACGGCAACAUCAUCGAGACCUUGGAUAUCGUGCAAGAAAGGGGCAAGUGGUAUGUGGUGAUGGAAUAUGCGCCGUACGACCUGUUUGCCAUCGUUAUGACAGGCAAGAUGACUCGAGAGGAAAUCAGCUGCUGCUUUUUGCAGAUUCUGAGUGGUGUCACGUACCUUCAUAGCAUGGGCCUAGCACAUCGGGAUUUAAAGCUCGACAACGUGGUUGUCAGCGAACGGGGCAUUAUGAAGAUCAUUGAUUUUGGUAGUGCCCAUGUCUUUAAGUACCCAUUUGAAAGCGGCCUCGUUCUUGCGUCGGGCAUUGUUGGUUCAGAUCCAUACCUCGCACCAGAGGUGUACGAUGAGAAAAAGUACGACCCGCAGGCAGUGGACAUCUGGUCUUUAGCAAUCAUUUUCUGCUGUAUGACGCUUCGACGCUUUCCCUGGAAGAUUCCAAGGCUGUCGGACACGUCAUUCAAGCUGUUCGCGGCCGAACCGACACCGGGUCAUGAUCCGAAGAAGCUGAUCCUUCCGCACUCGGCGUCCAUGACCGCGGUAAAUGACACACCGGCAAGAGACUUUGAUCAACAGGCCCUUGAAAAGGAGGACGGGAAAAGAGCGAAAGAGGAGCCCAUCUCUAAGUCAGAGAACGCCACGGGAGAAGCAUCCAAUCAGCAGGAUGGGAAGCCACAACAACCAGCACCGGCCGGAGAGAAGAAGGAGACGAUACGCGGGCCCUGGCGUAUCCUUCGACUGCUCCCUAGGGAGACUAGGUACAUCAUCGGCCGCAUGCUGGAAUUGGAUCCCAAGAAGAGGGCCACAAUGCAGGAAAUAUUGGAUGAUCCGUGGGUGGCCAACACGGUCAUCUGUCGGCAGGCCGAGAACGGCCAAGUAUUCAACGCCGAUGACCACACGCACGUGUUGGAGCCUCCGUCUCCUCCACAGAAAUAG